CUCGAUAGGUAGACGGUUUGACAGUUCGAUAGGUACUUUCAGUAACAACAGUGUUGUUGUAACAGCCGUGUAAAUAAUCAUUAUUAUAACGAUCUGAAUUGUGAAAAUAUUUAGUGAAGCAGUGAAAUGGAUGGAGGAUUGAUUGACGCAAACAAUGGUGUGGCAUACAUGGACGCGGAAGAUGAAGAAAGGACAAAUUUUUACAACAUUAUAGCCGCCUUCAAAUGUUACAGAGCAAACUCGGUGUGUCAAAUAAAUCGUAGAGAAGCGUACCUGAAUUCCCUACCCAGCAAUCAUCAGGAAAUGCUAACCAUAUAUCGUGAGCAUCUACAGAAGCUACGUUAUUGCGUCGAUAUGAACUACAAAGUAAUAAAAAACAUUAUUCAGGAUGCCGAUUGCUUGUUUCACAACGAUACGGAUAAUGUUCGCCAGGCACAUCAAAUGAGCGUUCCGCCGAAAAUUCGCAGUCAAGACGUUCAUAAGGUACAAAUAACUUUGAAGCAGAUCUUUCGAGAUUGGAGUGCAGAAGGACAUGCGGAACGAGAACAGUGUUACAAGCCAAUAAUCGACGAAAUAACCGAUUUCUUUAAUCCCAUGAAAUGUAAUAUAGAGAACAUCAAAGUACUGAUACCUGGGGCUGGAUUAGGUAGGCUAAUAUAUGAAAUUGCCUUCAGAGGGUACUAUUGCGAGGGAAACGAAUUUUCACUAUUCAUGCUUAUAGCAUCCAACUUUGUGCUAAACAGAUGCGUAAUUGAGAAUCAGUGUACCUUUUAUCCGUGGGUUCAUCAGUACGUCAACAAUCUCUCUGGGAACAAUCAAAUUGAAGCUAUUACAUUCCCCGAUGUAAGUCCCACGAAGUUUCCACCGAAGGGAACAAUGAAUAUGGUAGCAGGCGAUUUCCUUCAGGUUUAUCGUGAUGCCAACUACUGGGACUGUGUGGCUACAAGCUUUUUUAUUGACUGUGCCAACAAUGUAAUCGAGUUUGUGGAAGUCAUUUACAACAUAUUAAAACCCGGCGGUAUUUGGGUGAAUCUAGGACCACUCUUGUAUCACUUCAGCGACGUCCCUAGCGAAAAUAGCAUAGAACCAACGUACGAGGAUCUAAUCAUUAUCAUUCGUUCCGUGGGUUUCAUUAUUGUGAAAAACAAAACCGAUGUUGUAACCAAAUACGCACAGAAUCCUACCUCGAUGCACCAAAGCGAGUACAAGAGCAUAUAUUUAGUUUGUCAAAAACCUGACUCUGUUGAGUAGUUUGCUGGAAAUGAAAUCGAACGAAAUAAAUUGAAUGCGAUAUCAAUCGUUUAUGCAACAAAUUA